CUACUCUUGGGUGAUAUAUGUAUUUCGUUUCGUAAACCUAACCGAAGUGAUAUAAUGUUGUUAACUGCGCUCGUGAUUCCUGUCGUAUUCCUGGUUGUUAGUUCACAAUCCAAUCAUAACUACUCUCUCACUGAUUUUACAAACCACAUACAACAUCUGAAAAUUCAACGAAGUAGAAACUCAUGUGAAACAAGCGAUUCAAAGGAAGGGGAAUGUGUUAAACCGUCAAGAUGUGAGCAAGCAAAAGAAAAGAUAGAUCCAACAACAGCAUUCGAUAUAAGGUCUUCAAAAUGUCACUACUUAUUGAAGUGCUGUCCAUUAGAUUUGAUUAAGAAAGAUACUGAGAACAUUAUCCCAGAAAAACAAGGAAACGUGGGAUGUGGUUGGAGUAAUCCAGGUGCUUCGAUCCUCAGAGCUACCCGUGAUUAUGCAGAUUUUGGGGAGUUUAGGUGGAUGGUAGCACUUUUGAAAACAUCAAGUUCUCCAGUAUGGGAAAACUCAGAUUAUAUUGGUGGAGGGUCACUCAUACACCCCUCUGUUGUGCUCACAGUAGCCCACUACGUCUCUAACAAAACACCCAACAUGAUGAAAUGUCGUGCUGGUGAAUGGGAUACGAGGACUGUCCAAGAAGCAGAGGAAUACCAGGAGAGGAAUGUCAAAUCAAUUAGAAUACAUCCUGACUUUGUAGCAGCACAUUUAUUCAAUGAUGGAGCUCUAUUGCUGCUAAAGAAACCAUUCGAUUUUAAUUAUACUUCUCACAUUGGGGUCGGAUGUUUGGGAAGCGAGUUGCCCCCUCAAGACACGUUGUGCUUUAGUAUGGGGUGGGGCAAAAAGGAAUUUAAGGGCGACGAGUACGCAAAUGUCUUAAAAAAGGUUCACUUGGAAUUGGUCGCCAAAAAUGAAUGCGAACAAAUAUUACGACAGACCCGGCUUUCAUCCAAAUAUUACGUGCACAGUUCUUUGACAUGUGCACGCGGUCUUAACGGUAUCGAUACAUGUACGGGAGAUGGUGGAUCGUCUCUAAUUUGUCCCAUCUCGGGUGAUGGUGGUACUCGGUACGCGAUCUAUGGCAUGGUGGCGUAUGGGAUUGGAUGCGAUAGUAGUUAUCCAGGAGUAUAUGUUAACGUGCCGCAUAUGUACGAAUGGAUCGUCGCAACCAUGAAAGCUGAGUCUCUGGAUGAAACAGCCUUUAAGGUUCUACCCGACGACGAGGAAGACUAACCGUUUCAAUGUUGCUAUUGUUAUCCCUCUCAAUUCUAGAAUUAAGAAUAUUGACAACGCAAAUGAAAUAUUAUACAAUUUACAACUUACUUGCAAACUUUAUAAUAUACACACACACAUGCAUAUUUUUAACCCACGGAACUCUGGCGUUCCGUGGGUUCAAGUCCCGCAUCGUUCAUAAAGUUUUGUUAUUCAAAUUUUAUUUGUGUAGGAUAUAGUCGUCGGUUAAUAAAAUUAACUCGACUCUUGAGGUAUCCCCACAAGAAAAAAACGCAAGGUGUAAGGUCGGGGCUUCUUGGAUGCCAUGGAAUAUCACCUCUGCGAGAAAUCAAUCUCUGAGAAAGAUUUCAUUAACCACCGGUAAAGUCACAUUUGAUGUAUGGCACGUUGCUCCAUCUUGUUACAUCCAAGUCCUGCUGUUGUAUCCUUCAAAUUCAUGUAACUGUGGUGUCAAAAACUCUCGCAACAUCUUCACGUAUUCCACUGAGUUCACAGUUACGUUAUUUCCUGGAUUAUUUUGGAAGAAAUAUGGAGCGAUUAUGCCUUUUGCUGAUAUGGCAUCCCAUACUACUAAGCUAGAGGUACCGGGUUCGAAUCCCGGUAGGUGCAAGCAUUUAUAUGAUGAAUAUGGAUGUUUGAUUCCGAGUCAUGGAUGUUUAAAUGUAUUUAUGUAUGUUUAAGUAAGUAUAUUGUAUUAAAUAUAUCAUUGUCUUGUAACCCAUAACACAGGCAUAUGUUUAACUUGGGACAAGAUAAUUUGUGUAAAAAGUGUGUCAAUAUUAUUAUUAUUAUACUGUCGUUUUAGGUGAAUGAAGUAGCUUUUGGUGUUUAAGGCGAGGGUUUUCCCUGCUCCAAUAUCGACAAUUGUACUUGUUUACUUGUUUAUUGAUGUGAAAAUGGGCCUCAUCCGUGAAUAAUACAUUCUCAAGGCUAGAGAAUCGCUCCAGCAUAGUGUCAGCCAAUAACUUACGUUGAAUGUAAUCGUUUGGUUUAAUCUACAGUACAAUUUGAAGCUUAUAUGGAUGUAGCUUAAGGUCCAGAUUCAAAAUUGGCCUCAGAGUAGUCUUUGAUAUUGCCAAAGCCGCCGAACGCUUACGCGUGGAUAUUCUGGAUCGUUCCUUACGGAAAUUACAACCUUCCGAACGUUCUCAUCGCUUCUUCUCGAACGUGGCCGACCUGUUUGCCUAAUAUUCGUUGUUGAUCCUGUUUGCUCGAACUUCUUGACCCAAGCUUUGACUUUAAAUUAACACUUGGACACACAUUUAGACGUAGAGGUGGGCUAAACUGUUAUAAUUUUUCAAUUUUCCUUAAGCAAUUUUCUCCCAUACCACGUCUAUCAAGAACUCAUAACUCCAUCUGUGGUGAAGUAGAUAUUUUUAAAGAUUCUUUACCUGCUUUUAAAAAAAAUAUUACAAGAUUGUUAGGCGCCAAAAUAUGAUUAAUAUUCUUCUUCUUUUUUUUUUCUUCUUUUCAAAUUCGUAUCUUGAUUUUAUAAUUUUUGCUUUUUUUUAUAUAAUUGUUUUCUCGGUGUCACGGAAGCAAAGACUGUGCAUGUUGUGACACCUUAAUUUGUUUUACAUUCAACUAAUUAUAUGUUAAUAUUUGAUAUAUUUUAAGCGUAUUAGAAUGUAACAACUACUGGUUGUCCUAUAAAUAAAUAAAUGAAUGAUA